ACACUUGCCUUGACCGCGCACUGUAACACGUGCAUCGCGUAUCGAUAUCGAUCAUCGCACCAUGUACCACUGCAGUGCUACAUAAAUAAAUACAUUACAGUGCUCCUACGCAUUCGGAUCGGGAGUUUUAUUCUCGAUCAGCAGAACUAUGGCAUCGACUACACUUUUCAACUUCCAUGUACCGUCCCAGGUGCUGCUUAAUCCAGUUGACUGGAAGACAAUGCAGCAGGGAAUGAAUGCCAUUUUCCAUGAGGCGGGAUUCGAUGGCAGUCCCCAUACCGUAGCGUUUGAAUCCAACAAUGGCAGCUUAACACUCUACUCUGGCUCAGACGGAAGGUCAGCAGUGGUACAGAGCUACACAGAGGGUUUGAUCACAGUCAACUUACAAGAACCUUCCAAAGAACACAAGACUGCCCUGACGGACCAAGAAUUGAGCACAUUGCAGAAGAAACUGGUGACGCUCCUGGGUUGCGAAAAAUCUAAAAGGUUUCCACAAAUCCGACGGAGCACUGAUCCCUGCGACCCCUAUGUACCGACUGUCGAUAAUCGUCUUGUGGAGUACGACUUUGACAGGAUUGUAUUUGAGGAGAAUUCCAAAUAUCAGAACAUUAAGAUUCAACACUCACCGCAGUAUGGAAACGUACUGAUCCUUGACGACGACCCAAAUUUAGCUGAGAGUGACAUUGCCUACACCAACGCCAUCACUGGGAACGGUCGACAGGACUACAGGGGCAAGGAGGUCCUGGUCCUGGGAGGAGGAGACGGUGGAAUCCUUCACGUCCUACGCCAGCAAGAUCCAGCCAUGAUUAUCAUGAUAGAAAUUGAUCAAGUUGUGAUUACUGCAGCAACCAAAUACUUACGAGGAAUCUGCUUUGAUUCCAUGGACAAGUUGGAAGGCUCCAAUUAUAAAGUAAUUGUCGAGGACUGUAUUCCCUUCCUGAAACAGUACGCAGCAGAGGGCAAGCAAUUUGAUUUUGUCAUCAAUGACCUGACAGCAAUCCCCAUCACAACCGAGCCACAAGGUGACCAGUGGGACUUUCUCAGGCUGAUUCUGGAUCUGUCCAUGAAAGUCCUGAAACCAACCGGCAGAUACUUCACCCAGGGCAAUGGAGCCAUCAUGCGGGAUGCAUUGGUCAUGUAUGAGCAGCAACUGAGCAAGCUGAGUGUCCCGGUGGACUUCAGCAAGGAGACCGUCUGUGUUCCGUCCUACAUGGAACUGUGGGUCUUCUACGAAAUCUGGAAGAAGCAAGACCAAAACGGGAGCUGAAGAGAACGUCGCAGUGUUUGGCUGGAUGAAAAGCAUUUCCAAAACCCUGAAUAAAAUGUAAUAGUGCCAGUAUUUACAUGUAAUUCCUCUAUGCUCAUUUUUUUUCUCUAUUUUUUUUACUGACGUGCCUAUAAAUAUUUGUGUGACUGGGUAUAACCUACAGGUGUUAAAGAUAUAGUCCAUCAUUUGUAAUUUGUGCAUUUUGUUCGUUUGAAGCAACAAAAGAGUUCAAAAUCUAAUGAA